AUCAAUGGCCACACGGUGCAGGAUAGAGAGAAGGCGGUUUCCGUGCUGUCGGGAGAAAAUACCAAGAACAUCGUCCUGCUGGUGACAAGGCCAGAGACGCAGCCGGACGACGACGUGUGGCUUGACGACGAGCCGCGGGAUCUGGUGAAGGAACUGAAGAUGGAGAUCCUGCAAGCGGGGGGAAAGAAUGAGGCUGGAGAUGAAAGGACACCCGACGCGGCUCCCUGUUCCUCCAACGGCCAAGACAAAGACAGCGGCUUUGGGUGCAGUACAGACAGUCCCGAGCACGUAUCGGCCGGUCUCUACAGGAGGAGUCCGGCUCAGUGUUUGAGGGAACAGUGGCGAGCCCAAAGUCCACAUGGCGGGCGAGGCGGCGUGCGCUCGCAGGACUCCCAUAAGCAAAGCUGCGAAGGGGGAGUGAGCAUUCACAAUGACGCAAGUGGGAUCUUGGGCCUGGAGAAUUACUUCCAGCAACUUCUGGAGGUCAAGUGUCAAAUCCGGAAGGGCGUGGAAUGCGGCGUGUACUCCAUUCGGCACAGCAUCGAGUGCA